AUGGGAGUUUGUAUAAGUAACAACUAAUCGGCAUAAACUGAAAUCGCCAUUGAUUAAAUUCUUCCGACAUAAUUGAAUAUGGCUAAUCAACCCUUGUCUAAUUUAGCGGUGGAAGUAGAUAAAUAUCGGAAGUAUUAUAGCCGCGGAGAGGAGAGAGGAAGCGUUAAGCCAAAAUAGAAGUAGUCGAGGAACAAACUCAUGAGAAUGUAAGUAAAUAACAAAAAGAGAAAAGUCCCUUUGACUUUCAAAUGAUUUUGAAUGCAUUUGGCAAUCAUUUUAUGUUUGCUCAACUGGAUAAUCAUGACAAGUAAUGAUAAUGGUAAUUCAGAGCAAAACUGAUAGAUGAAAUGUAUUAUGUUACAACCAAAGAUUAGGAGUUCAUAUUUAAGUAGGGGGAUAAGGCAACAUUAUUUUUCAUAAUUGGUAGAUUUGAUAAUAUAUGAAGAACGGGGCUAAUGUUAGAUCAUAAUAAAUGGAGAGAAAAAGAGGAUAUUGAAACCAUCUGAAUUUUUUGGUGAAUUGGCUCUGAUGUAUCUUGCUCCUCGUUCUGCUUCUGUGUGUGCAAUUGGAGAUUGUGGAUUUUGGGUUUUAGAGAGGAAUAAAUUUAGAAAGGCAGUUGAAGAUAUCUAGUAAAAGGCUUAUGAAACAAAUAGAGAGUUUCUCAUAUAAGUAAAAUUCUUUGGUAAAAUUGUUGGUCAUCUUAGAUUUCAUGACUGAAGAAUAGAGAGAUAGCAUUGCAAAUGUCUUAAUCACAGUAAAAUUCAAGUCAGGAGAAUCUAUAGUAAAUGAGGGGGAUAUGGCAAAUUCAUUUUAUAUCAUUUAGAAAGGAACUGUUCAAGUGAUCAAGUAAGGACAAAUCUUAAGACAAAUGAAUUAAGGCGAGUCUUUUGGUGAGUAAGCUCUAUUUGGGAAUUGUGUAAGAGGGGCAACAGUCAAAGCACAUGAUUCAGAUGUCAAUCUUCUAUCUUUAAGUAGGGAAGACAUUACAACUAUCUUGGGAGAGAAGAUUCAGGUACAGUAUUAGUAUUAUUUAGUCACAUAGCUAAUUAUUUACACCAAUAUGCAGAAAUGGGCAUUUGAAAAACACCCAUAAUUAAGAGACUUGACCAAAAUGCAAAUCUAAAAGAUUGUUUCAAAUUUCAAGAUCAAAACAUAUGAGAGUAAUGAUUAUAUCUUCAAAAUCAAUGAAUUGGUGGACAAAUUGAUUAUUAUUCUUGAUGGACAAUUGGAAUUUGAAGGUCAAUUCUACAACAAUGGUUAGCUCUUUGGUGAUAUAUAUUUAUAAAUGGAUGAGCAGAAAAGAAAAAUAAAUAAUGACAUCAAAACUACUAGAAAAACUACAUUAUCAGAACUUUCCUAUAAUUAGUUCUUUGAAUGCAUAGGUGGGAAAUUGGAAAUAGUUGUUAAGAGAAACAAAGAUCGCGUUAAUUAUACUUCGAAUUCAAUGAAGAAAAGACAAAGCAACUACUCCUUGCUUACCUUAGAAGAUUUCGUAGGAUUAAAAUUACUAGGGGAAGGAACCUUUGGAAAUGCUUAUCUAGUUAAGGAUAUACCCUAAUAAAGUAUGCAUGUCAUGAAAUGUGUUCCUAAAGUCAGUGUCAUUGCAAACAAUACAGAGAGACAUAUCAAAAAUGAGAAAUAUGUGUUAGAAUUGCUUCAUCAUUCAAACUUGGUAUGUUUUCGGAGAUCGUUUAAGGAUUAGAAUUACAUAUACUUAUUAACUGAGUAUAUUCAGGGGAAGGAAUUGUUUCAUGUAAUAAGGGAAAUUGGAUUAUUGAAUUCUUAUGAAACCUAGUUUUAUAUUGCUUAAAUGAUAAACAUCUUAGAGAAAAUGCAUUCCCAAAACAUUAUUUAUAGGGAUGUCAAACCUGAAAAUUUUAUAGUUAUGGAAAAUGGUUACAUCAAAUUGAUUGAUAUGGGUACUGCCAAGGUCUUAAAGUCAAAGGCUUCCAAGACUUAUACCGUCGUUGGAACUCCACAUUAUAUGUCUCCUGAUAUCCUGAAGGGCAAGGGUUACAGUUUUUCAACCGAUCUUUGGUCCUUAGGGGUCUGUUUCUAUGAACUAAUGUGCGGAGAAGUGCCAUUUGGUGGAGAUGAAGAAGACGACCCGUAUUUUAUUCUCUUAUCUAGAUUUAUAAUAGAGGAAGCCAUUUUAAAUGAGAAAUUGGAAUAUCCUCAAAUCUUGAAGGAUUUCAAGGCUAUCAAAUUAAUGGAUCAAUUGAUGAAUAGGACGCCUGAAUUAAGAUUGGGAGGGUCUUAUGAUGCCUUGAAAGUGCAUCCUUGGUUUGAUGGCUUCUAGUGGGUAAUCUUGGAUUUUUAUAAAUAAAGGAAGAUUUAGAGGCUUCGCUGAUAAAGCCCCCUUACAUUCCAAAAUUAUAGUAAAUGGUCUAUGAAGACAUGCCAUUUCUAGACAUGAUCAAAAGAGAUACUAGUCAGGAAAUGAUUUGCACUUAAUAGGUUGAUUGGGAUCAAGACUUUUGA